GCGGAGGACACAGAAAAGGAAAAGAAAAAUGACAAGGCAGAGGAUGAGGAAGAGGAAACGGCACACGAGGAAGGACGCAGCCAGAGUUCGAGCAAGUCAUGGUCAACUGCUCCGAAUGCAGCUAAAAGCAAGAAAAUUCCGCGAGCCAUUCGAACUGGAAGGGAAAACGCCCCCCGUCCUGGAAUCAAGAAGGAAAUUCCACAACGUCCUCGAAUGAAUAAGGAAUUCCAACACAUUCCAAGAAUAGAGAAGCAGCGGGCUCGUUGCUUCCCGGAGACUACCCUGGCUGAAGAAAUGAAGGGCUUGGCGAAACUGAUUCAGUCUGGGGUCGACGGGAAACCGGCCAUUUACGAGCUCUGGAAAUCCGUCGUGGUGGAAAAUAAGGAAAUGGGAAUAGCGAAAUUUGACAUCGGGCCACGGCUGCGGAAGCAGGAUGAGAGGGUUCUCAUGGUCGUGGGGAAGACCGGUGCAGGAAAGACGACGAUGAUUAACAGUCUGGCGAAUUACGUGUAUGGCGUUCGAUGGGAGGACGACUUCCGGUUCAAAGUCAUCACCGAGAAGGGCGACGUGAAUGCGAAUGACAAGGCCAACAGCCAGACGAAAGGGGUGUCUGCGUAUACCUUCAACUGGAAGGAGGGGAUGACGAUCCCGUACACGCUUACUGUCAUCGACACUCCUGGCUUUGCAGACUCCGAGGGCCUCCACAAGGACGAGGAACUUGUUGUCAAGCUUCGACAUGCAUACGAUAUUGACAGAACACCUGCUCUCCCGCAUGCAGAAAAAGAUAUUGCCUUCGUCGUGGAGAAUAAGGCCUGUCGCAUCUCGUCGGAUUACAGCUUUCCCACGACGACACAGCUGACGACCACGAAGCCGGAUAUCGCCCUGCUGGACAAGGAGGAAGUAGAACUCUACAUGCGGGAGUUCUUCGAGAUAUGUGAACCACGUGGAUUGAAGAGUGUGAACGCCGUGGGAUUCGUGCUUCCCGCUUCCAAUGCGAGGCUGACGGCCGCAGAAAAGUACAUAUUUCACGCCAUCACCCAACUCUUUGCUAUUGACACGAAAGAGAAGUUCGUGGUGCUUGUCAGCUUCUGCGACGGGCAAGAACCAGCGGUUAUCGCCGUCAUUAAGAAAGCCAAGCUGCACUACCAAGACUAUCACACCUUCAACAACUCCGCCAUGUUCGCUUGUAGUAGAGAUCCC